AGUCAAGUUGCUCCACUGCUAUACUACAGAAGAAGUUUAGAAUCUUAAGCAGAUGAAAAAGGAAUAAAGCAUUUAAAUGGGGAGAAAAAAAGGCCGAUAAAAUUUCUGGCUACAAUACAAGAGACAUAUCAUUACCAUAUGAUCUAAUGUGGGUGUCAGCUGGAUUGUGUUCAUUGAGGGAAACCUUAUUUUUUAACUGUGCUAUGGAGUAGAAGCAGGAGGUUUUCAACCUAGUGACAGUCACAGAGCAGCACCUGCCCCCUCCUCCUUUCCACACCUGCAAACUCUUUUGCCUGGGCUGAAUAUUUAGUGUAAUUACAUCUCAGCUUUGAGGGCUCCUGUGGCAGAUCCCCGGAUUAAAAGGUUCCUUGGUUGUGAAAAUACAUGAGAUAAAUCAUGAAGGCGACUUUCAUCUUCCUCUUGCUCGCACAAGUUUCCUGGGCUGGACCGUUUCAGCAGAAAGGCUUAUUUGACUUUAUGCUGGAAGAUGAGGCUUCUGGGAUAGGCCCGGACGACCGCUUUCACGAAGUUCCUGAAUUAGAGCCUCAGGUGCCAGUGUGCCCCUUCCGCUGUCAAUGCCAUCUUCGAGUUGUCCAGUGUUCUGAUUUGGGUCUGGAAAAAGUGCCAAAAGAUCUUCCCCCUGACACUGCACUGCUGGACCUGCAAAACAACAAAAUAACUGAAAUCAAAGAUGGAGACUUUAAGAACCUGAAGAACCUUCACACGUUGAUUCUUAUCAACAACAAAAUUAGCAAAAUCAGUCCUGGGGCAUUUGCACCUUUGGUGAAAUUGGAACGACUUUAUCUGUCCAAGAAUCAACUGAAGGAAUUGCCAGAGAAAAUGCCCAAAACUCUUCAGGAGCUGCGUGUCCAUGAGAACGAGAUCACCAAAGUGCGAAAGUCUGUGCUCAAUGGAUUGAACCAGUUGAUUGUCGUAGAACUUGGCACCAACCCUCUGAAGAGCUCAGGCAUUGAAAAUGGAGCCUUCCAGGGAAUGAAGAAGCUCUCCUACAUCCGCAUUGCUGACACCAAUAUAACCACCAUCCCUCAAGGUCUUCCUCCUUCCCUUACUGAAUUACAUCUUGAUGGCAACAAAAUCACCAAAGUUGAUGCAGCUAGCCUGAAAGGACUGAAUAAUUUGGCUAAGUUGGGACUGGGUUUCAACAGCAUCUCUGCUGUCGACAAUGACUCUCUGGCCAACACUCCUCAUUUAAGGGAACUUCAUUUGAACAACAACAAGCUUAUCAAAGUGCCUGGUGGGCUGGCGGAUCAUAAGUACAUCCAGGUUGUCUACCUUCAUAACAACAACAUCUCUGCAAUCGGCCCUAACGACUUCUGCCCACCUGGAUACAACACCAAAAAGGCUUCUUAUUCCGGGGUGAGCCUUUUCAGCAACCCAGUCCAGUACUGGGAGAUCCAGCCAUCCACCUUCCGAUGUGUCUAUGUGCGCUCUGCCAUUCAGCUCGGAAACUACAAGUAGUUCCGAAGAAAACCCUCGUUUUUAUAACCUGGCAAAAUCCCGUUAACGUCACUGCUCAAAAAAAAAAAAAAAAAAAAAAAAAAUGAAAGCUAGAUACUGGAAACCUAACUGCAAUGUGGAUGUUUUCCCCACAUGACUUAUUAUGCGUAAAGCCAAAUAUGCAGUUUAAAUAAUUGCCUACAAUAAAAAAAAAUAUUUUGCCUGCCAUUUUCAGAAUCCUGUUUUGAAGUUUAUUAUUGAUGUUAACUGAGCUAUUGCAGAUAUUCUUAUUUCACUAAAUGUAAAAUUUGGAGUAAACAAUUUAGUAGAGCUUUUAAUUUCCCGAAGAAAUCAAUAAAAAUGGUAUCAAUCUUCUGUAACUCAUAGGGGGGGUUAGCGCCUUUGACAUAGUCUAGCAAUAAUGUAUUCAUCCCCAUUAUUACUGAUUAAGCCUCAUUUGAGUGUGUAAAUUCAAUACAGGCUAUGUAAAAUUUUUGCUAAUGUCAUUAUUUUGAAAAAAAAUAAAUUCACAAGUACAUUUUAAAUUACUAUUGUAUAAAAGCGUAAUUGUAAAUCUUCCCUAACCUCAGUUUUCUGAAGAGAGUAAACAUUGCUUUCUUAAUAAAAACAGCACACCUUU